ACAACUUCGCCACUAAAAAAACAACUACACAUAACCUCAACAUCUUAGUUAAUAUAACCUCAAACCUCGCACAAGUGCCGACUUUUACAAAAAUGGGUAAGAAAACCAAAGACAAGAAAAAGGGUAAAGGCGCUGAGAAAACCGCCGCCAAAACCGAGAAAAAAAUGUCCACUAAAAUCAAAAAAGAACUACAAAAAAUAGGAGAAGAAGACAUUGAAAACAUCAUUUCACAAAUCGAAAAAGAAGAAAAGAAGAGGCUUGAAGUGGUCGAAAGUGUGAUUGAAGCCCCCACGCGGCGUCUCAACUUCACAUUCAUUGCGCAUCCAGACAAAGAGCAGCUGAUUUUAUUCGGGGGCGAAUUUUACAAUGGACAGAAGACGUUGCUGUAUAAUGACUUGUUCUUUUACAAUGUCGCUACGAGCACGUGGACUGUGGUUAAGGCUCCGGCAGGACCUCCGCCGCGCUGUAGCCACCAAAUGGUAGCAAGUUCGGCAAACAAGGGCCAGCUGUGGUUGUUUGGAGGAGAGUUUGCAAGCCCCACCCAAGCCCAAUUUUACCACUAUAGAGAUCUGUGGGUUUAUCACAUAGCGGCAAAAAAGUGGGAGAAAGUGCAGGCACCUAAUGGUCCUACUGCCAGAAGUGGCCACAGGAUGGUUUAUGUGAAGAAGAAUCUCAUAGUGUUUGGGGGCUUCCACGACAAUUUAAGAGAUUAUAAAUAUUUCAAUGACGUUUAUAGUUUUAAUACAGAGAGUUAUCAAUGGACGAAAUUGGAACCCACGGGAACGGCGCCUGCGCCACGAUCGGCUUGUUGUAUGGUGGCUUUAAGUGACGGAAGAGUGUUGAUUUAUGGGGGGUACAGUAAAGAAAAAAUUAAGAAAGAUGUGGAUAAAGGGCACGUUUAUACUGACGCCUUUUUGUUGGUGCCUGACAAAAAUGACACUACUGGCACAAAAUGGAAGUGGGUUCAAACUAAAUUAGGGGGCUCCCAUUUUUCGCCGCGUUGCAGCAUGCCCAUCACUUCCACUCCUAAUAAUACAGCGGCAUAUUGCUAUGGAGGCGUUUUCGACGUGGAAGAUGAUGAAGAAAACCUCUCUGGUGUGUUCUACAACGACUUCCACUCUCUAGAUUUAGAAAAACUUGUCUGGAAAAAUAUCACACUUUCUGGGAAGAAGAACAAAGAAAGUAGAGAUAGUAGUAAAAAGGAAAAUGAAGAUGUGGAGAUGGAAAAAAUUGAAAAAACGGUGGAAACGACUACAAUUUCCGAUGAUGGGAUAUUUAAAGUCACUGUAGGUCCCGCGAUGACUUCUACGUCUGAUAAAAAAGUCGUGGGAGAGAGUCAAGCGAAAAUUUUUCAACCCUCGCCUAGAAUCAACUGCGGAUUGGCAAUCAAACACGGCGUUUUAUAUCUAUACGGCGGAAUGUGUGAAGACGGUGACAAACAAAUCACCUUCAACGACUUCUAUUCCAUUGACUUGAAGAAACUAGAAGAGUGGAAAACGAUAGUGGCUGAUGAUACGUCAAAACAAGAGUGGUUAGGAUCUGACAACGAAUCCGACAACGCCGACGACGACGACGAUGACGAUAGUGAAGAAAGCGAAGAAUCAGAUGCCGAAAUGGAAGUCGACUCAUAACCCACCUUUAAAAAAAUACUUUAUUCAGACUUAUAAAAGAAAAUCAACAAUUAUACACAUUAAAAAAAAUACUUCA